ACAGUUGUAGCCAGGAGCAAGGCAACUCCCAGGCAAGACUUUAUUCUUUUCAUAAUGGAGUACGCGUAAAGCCGAGAACAGAACACACAGAAGCGAAAGAUAUUAGUACGUGGAACAGCCCAGCUGGUGAUUAAUAAAUGAGGAAUAUGUCGCAGACAUGCAGACUCAUUCAAGAACUGCACAGCAGGCCGUCGAAGAGGAGUGGGUAGGAAGAGACCGGACGGGGGAAAGAAACGUAAGGUCCGGAAGCCAAAGGGAACGAGAGAAGCCGAACGAGAACCCAAAACCAGCCAAAAGGCAUGGGGCUCCUCAGGCACUUAACAGAUGUGCGUGUCAGGGCAUGGUCCCCGCUCAAUCUGUUUCCGAUGGUUUCCACGCGGCUACAGUACCUGACUCUUGUCGCAGGGCCAGGGCUGCGAAAGGGCUGCGGCGGCCUUCUCAUGGCAUUGCCGGACUUGCGCGGCCAAGGACGUUGAUUGCACGAGCUGGGCGCGACAUCCAUGGCCGGCACGCUUUCGAGCGUCACUUUUGGGUUUGGCCGGUAUCAGCACGGUCUGGCGAGGCGCUGGUUCAUAGGGGGAUGAGACGGGGUGCGCGUCGAAGCGAGAGCCUCACACCCGUUAUGUUUCACACCCUGCGUCCUGCCAAACAUGUGGCCCGCGCUGCACUUGGUGCGCGGGACUUGUCAUCUUUCGAUCAUCCGAGGGCGACGUGUUGGCAAUUGUAGCCGUUGCACUUUUGCGAUGGGGGUGCACGUGACGGGGUAGAUUUGGCCGCGCAUACCGGAGGAUUGGUGAUCCAGCCGCAAAGUCGCUGGACAACGAUCGCUUGGCGCGGCCAAAUCUAGUGCGUCAUCGUCCCAACUCUGCAGACAACAUACAUGGUUUUACCUGUCAAAUGCACAAGUUCGUCCUAGCACCAGGCGGAUUCGGACGAACUCAUAUUCCUACAUAAGCACUCGAGUCGACAACCGGGGCGCAGUGGAAGCGAGUGCGAACCGACACAGU